AUGGAAGGUACGUUUAUGGUUGCCUCGAAGGAUUUAAAACCGGGAGAAAUUAUUUUAAAAGAACAACCUCUUAUACUAGGACCUAGCAUUAAUUCAAAUAUUUUAUGUCUCGGUUGUUUUCGACGAAUCCUUUUCGAAAAAUUUAAAUUUUGUCGGGAAUGUCAGAUAGCACCCGUUUGCGGCGAGGAUUGCAGUCUCAAAUCUCAACAUUCAAAAUACGAAUGUAAAUAUUAUAAAAAAUUAUUUGAAAAUGAUAAAAUCGAUAAAAAUUUCAUAGUAUCUAAUUUUCAAAUUGUUUUACCGUUAAAAUGUUUCUCGUUAAAAUUAUUUUUAUUUCCCGAUGAUGAUGAUGAUGAUGAUCAUUUAUGGGAUAAUUUUAUAAAUAUGGAGUCUCACGUUGACGAACGACAAAAUGAACCGAUUUGGAAUUAUUAUCAAGAAAAUAUUAUUAAAGUUUUAAAUUCGGUUAAUAUUUUAAAUGAUGAAGAAUGUUUAUUAAUGCAAAAAAUAUGCGGAAUUUUAGAUGUUAAUUCAUUCGAAAUGAGAUGUCCUGAUGAUGAACAAAUUUCUGCUGGUAAUCAACUCAGAGGAAUUUAUAGGGAAGCUGCAUUUAUGUCUCAUGAUUGCAUAGGAAACACUCAUGUAUCCCUAAAUGAUUUUUUUGAAAUGACAAUUCAUGCUAGCGUUCCCAUAAAAUCCGGUCAAGCUAUUUUUUUUAAUUAUGCUAAUCCUUUCGAAUGUACUGCAGCUCGACAACAAAGAUUAAAAAAGGGAAAAUAUUUUAAUUGUUUUUGUAAAAGAUGUACCGAUCCAACUGAAUUGGGAACUUAUUCCGGAUCUAUAAUUUGUCCCAGAUGUCAUGAGGGAUGCAUCAUUUCUCAAAAUCCAUUAUCCGAUUCAUCCGGUUGGAAUUGCGAAAAGUGCAAUCAUUUCUUCUAUAAUCAAUUGAUAAAAGCGACAAAUGUCGAGGGGCAAAAUCUUUUAUCGGAUGUCGAUGAAACCAAUUCUACACAAUUAGAAAAUUUAUUGAAGAAAUGUCUUAAAAGUUUUCCACAAAAUAAUUAUGUCAUGACUGAAAUCAAACAAAAAUUAAUAACAUCCCUUAGAGAUACCAUAAGAAAUCAAAUGAAUCCACAAAAAAAAAUUUUGAUAAAAAUUAUACGAUUUUGUAGAGAAAUGAUUAAUUUGUUGGAAAUUAUCGAGCCUGGAAUUUCAAGGCAUAAAGGAAUAGUGUUCUAUGAGUUAUAUAAACCUAUGUUGAUGCUUGCUGAAAAAAAAUACGAAUUAAAAGAAAUUAAUUAUCUUGAAUUUGUGUAUGAAAUGGAAGAAUGCGAAAAAAUUUUAAAAAAAGCAAUUGAUAUUUUAAUUUACGAGCCGAAUAACAGUCCCGAAGGUCGAUUUUUAAAAAUUGCCAUCCACGAAUUAAAAGAUUUAAGAAAAAAUCUUCACAAAUGCAUUUAUUAA